CCGAGCUCCAACGCCCGCGCCAGCCUCGGGACUCUCCGCUUCGUAUUGGACUACCAAUUUCCAAUCGGAAGGGUUUUUGAACCUCAGUCUUCAAGCGGCGCUGCCCAUUGGCGGAUAGGAUGAGGGCGGGGCCUGGGGUCGUUGCCGGUGCCGCCCGGGUGUAAGGCCCCCACCACCUUCAGAAUGACGCUGGACGUGGGGCCGGAGGAUGACCUGCCCGACUGGGUCGCGGCCAAGGAGUUUUACCAGAAGUACGACCCUAAGGACGUCAUUGGCAGAGGAGUGAGCUCCGUGGUACGCCGUUGUGUUCAUCGAGCUACUGGCCAGGAGUUUGCGGUGAAGAUCAUGGAGGUGACAGCUGAGCGACUGAGUCCUGAACAGCUAGAGGAGGUGCGAGAAGCCACGCGGCGAGAGACGCACAUCCUUCGCCAGGUCGCCGGCCACCCCCACAUCAUCACUCUCAUCGAUUCCUACGAGUCUUCUAGCUUCAUGUUCCUGGUGUUUGACCUGAUGCGGAAGGGAGAGCUGUUUGACUAUCUCACAGAGAAGGUGGCCCUCUCAGAAAAGGAAACCAGGUCCAUCAUGAGGUCUCUGCUGGAAGCAGUGAGCUUUCUCCAUGCGAACAACAUUGUACACCGAGACCUGAAGCCCGAGAAUAUUCUCCUAGAUGACAAUAUGCAGAUCCGACUUUCAGAUUUUGGGUUCUCCUGCCACUUGGAACCUGGCGAGAAGCUUCGAGAGUUGUGUGGGACCCCAGGGUACCUAGCACCAGAGAUCCUUAAAUGCUCCAUGGAUGAAACCCACCCCGGCUACGGCAAGGAGGUCGACCUCUGGGCCUGUGGGGUGAUUUUGUUUACACUCCUGGCUGGCUCACCACCAUUCUGGCACCGACGCCAGAUCCUGAUGUUACGCAUGAUCAUGGAGGGCCAAUACCAGUUUAGUUCGCCCGAGUGGGAUGACCGUUCCAACACCGUCAAAGACCUGAUCUCAAAGCUGCUCCAGGUGGAUCCUGAGGAGCGCCUGACAGCUGAGCAAGCCCUCCAGCACCCCUUCUUUGAGCGCUGUGAAGGCAGCCAACCCUGGAACCUCACCCCUCGCCAGCGGUUCCGGGUGGCAGUGUGGACCGUGCUUGCUGCUGGACGAGUGGCCUUAAGCACCCAGCGUGUCCGGCCACUGACCAAGAGCGCACUGCUGAGGGACCCUUACGCACUGCGGCCAGUGCGGCGCCUCAUUGACAGCUGUGCCUUCCGGCUCUACGGGCACUGGGUGAAGAAAGGUGAGCAACAGAACCGAGCCGCCCUCUUCCAGCACCAGCCCCCUGGGCCUUUUCCCAUCCUGGGCCCUGAAGAGGAGGGGGACUCAGCUGCUAUCACUGAGGAGGAUGCCAUGCUGGCACUGGGCUAGCACUUCGGCCCCGGGGAACCCCAGAGUGCAAGACUCUCCAGGAGGAGGGUUUUUAUCAUUCCAGCCCUUCUGGGCUUUGGCCUCAGGCCCCCCCUGCCUGGCCAGGCCCACCACUGCUCAUACCACCAUAAAGACCAGCCAUGUACACCUGUCCCCACCAGCCAGGACUUUGGGAUCAGAGCUGAGGGGGAAGGCAGUCGCGCGCAACAGCAUGCCUGGCCUUGUCAAUGCUGCCUCUGCUGCAUUUGCAAUAAAAUCUGCACGCCGGAGGGAGACAGUGCCU